AUGGAAAUGGAAAGCAAUGAUGAUUCAUGUGUUUUAUUUUAUAAACGGCAAGGGAGCAUAUUAGAAGGAAAUUCUAAUUUAAAAAUCGAGGAUUUUGUACUUAUUAUAAUGAAUAAUGCACAAAAGGAGAUUUUACAAAAAUAUGGCUGUGAUUGUAUUUGUAUGGAUGGCACACAUGGCAUGAAUGGCUAUGACUUCGAAUUAGUAACGCUGCUUGUUAUUGAUGACGUUCGGCAAGGUUUUCCGUGUGCAUUCUUGAUAUCUAAUAGAACAGAUCAAGCCGUUUUAUCUCUUUUUCUUUCAUGCAUAAAGGCUAGAUCUGGGAUGUUGAAACCAAAAGUUUUUAUGUCUGACAUGGCCGAGUCAAUUUAUAAUGCAUGGAUACGAGAAAUGGAAGAGCCAAAGAAUCGUCUAUAUUGUUCAUGGCAUGUUGACAGAGCAUGGAGGAAGAACCUGCGUAAAAUUAAAAACAAUGAGAAGCAAAUUGAGGUGUAUAAAAUCCUUCGAACAUUACUUGAAGAAACAGAUCCAGCAGCUUUCACAAAAAUGUUAGCAGAGGCAAUGGAAAAAUUUCAUAAUGAUCCCGAUACAACAGAUUUUGCAGCCUAUUUUUCUUCGCAGUAUAUAAAAAAUGCUAAUCUGUGGGCAUACUGUUAUCGUCUGCAUUGUGGUUUAAAUACAAAUAUGCACAUUGAAAGAAUGCACAGAACAUUAAAAUAUGUUUAUCUCCAUGGAAAAAAUGUUAAAAGAUUAGACAAGUCAAUUCAUGCCAUCAUGAAAUUUGUAAGGGAUCGACUAUUUGAUAGAUUGCUGGUGAUGCACAAAGGAAAGCUAACAACAAAAUUGCAGAAAUUAGAAAAAGACGCAAAUUGA